GUCCAAUUACAGCCCAUCUGCAUGGUGUGUGGCUUGUGUGUAUGCCAAGGCGAAGGAAAGCACCACAGAGAUGGAGACAUGAGGACUGAACAGACAGCAACAAGUGGUGGAUGGGGUUUAAACUCCGCUAGCCCUGCUGGAUCUCACCCAGACUCAGGCAUACUGGGCUGGAGGGACAGCACUGGCUACAUGCUUGGCAGCUGAAGGAGGAGAAUAACAAAACCUGAACGGCAGCCAAAUGGGUUUUACCUCAACUCAGAAACAAAAGAGCGCACUUUGAAAGACAAGAAAAGAGAGGAUGUGACUUGCCUCCAGCUACUCCCUUUGCACACCUGGAGAGGUUAGCUGGCAAAGACUAACAUUUCCCAAGCAGCCAUGCAGAAGUGUGCCCCGUUGAGACGAUGAUCAGAAUGUUCCUGGCACACCCAGCAUCCUCACUGGCACAGCUGUCCUCUACACGCGUCUUCUUCUGCCUUCUCCUGUGCAUCCCUCCUGUGUGGACCUCCUGCCCCCAGCCCUGCCAGUGCACAGAUCACUCGGGAGCCAUGGCUGUGCUGUGCAGCUCAAAGCAUUUGGACGAAAUCCCAAAGGACAUUCCCAAAGAUGCUGUGUUUGUGAAGCUCGAUGCAAAUAAAAUCACCCAGAUCCCCAACAACGCGUUCAAACACCUGAACCACUUGGAAGAGCUGGACCUCUCCAGAAACGCCAUUGAGAAGAUAGACAUGGCAGCUUUCAGAGGGGUGGCAGACGGGCUGCGGACGCUGGAUCUUUCCAAUAAUCUUAUUCAGAGUAUUCCCAAGGAAGCCUUGGUCAAAUUGAAUGCUAAGAUCCGCUUGUCCAAUAACCCGUGGCACUGUGAGUGUGCUUUGCAGGAGAUGCUCUGGGAAGUGAAGCUAGAUCCUGAGUCAGUGAACGAGAUCACCUGCCAAACCUCUGUGCGCGAAGAAUAUGUCGGGAAACCUUUGAUCCAGGUCCUGGACUCUGGUGUCAAUUUCUGUAACAUCCAUCAAAAGACCACGGAUGUUGCCAUGUUCAUCACCAUGUUCGGCUGGUUCACCAUGGUCAUCACCUACGUGGUGUAUUACGUUCGACACAACCAGGAAGAUGCCAGGAAGCACCUGGAGUACCUUAAAUCACUGCCUAGCACCCAGGUCCCCAAAGAGACCAUCAGCACGGUCCUAUAAUGCCAAGCACAGAGCACUGUUUCAAGAAACGCCUCGGGGGAAGCAAUCUGCUUCUGACUUGCUUGCACAAGGUUUUCUAUGAGGGUUUUAUGUGACACUUGAUAGAAACAUGAAAAUGUAUUUUGUUAUUAACCGAACCGUGGCCACAAGCUUGUAGGGGAACAGCAGUGCCCCUGUUUACGUCACAUCCCUUGCCAUGGCGGGUUACUCAUUGCUAACUAAGACACUACAGGAUACGUCCUGGCCUCUGCAGAAGGUUAGAGAGCAGAACCCCAUAGUCCUGCCUACCUCUGUCAUUCCAGAGGGUGGUGUUCCGGACAGCAGAAUGUGCAGCCGGAUAUCAACGGUCUUCAGCAUCUGGAGGGAGUGCGGGGAUCCUAAGUUGUGCCGCUAAGCAGUCAGGGUCUGCUCAGCACCAUCAGCAUGAGACCAACACACAGGGCCUGUGCCUGCAAUUGACACAGCCAUGUGACCCUGGAGCCUAAGAAACCAAUAACUGCCCCAGGCUGCCUUUCCCCAGCCCCACCCCAAGUUCCCUGCUAGAGGGAGCCCUCCGCACUGAUAGAGGGGUCAGCCACCAUUACAGCACCUGCCACUCCUCAUCCCAUAUGGGCGAGAACGGCUUUGGGGGCAGGCCGGGAGUCUGCCUGUUCAUGCUAUGUGCUGGUUGGGCUCUGCACACGAGCAUGUUGGGGUAUAGAGAAGAGCCUGGCAGCUCUGUGUGGAAGGCCCUGCUCUGGGUCCCUGCGCUGGGAGCAUCCACGGCCAGGAAGCUAGAUGGGCGCACAAGCCAAACCAGUGUGUGUUGGUACCUUCAGCCGAGGAGAAUGCCCCAGAAGUGGGAGAUCAGUGAGUCACCGUUAGCUUCUGUCAUGCCAGAGAGACUCACACUCAGCCCUGGGGCCUCCUACCUGGGUCGCUGUUCAAUGGGGUCAACUCACCCCCACCUGCCCCCUUCUGGGUCCUGGGCAACGUUCCCUGAUGAGAGGAGAAAAAUGAGCUGUUUGCCCAGGCCCUCCCCAGUACCGCCCAACCCAAUCAUGAGUCAGACCCCACCAAUCAUGAGAUUGGCCCCCAAGUCAGGAGGGUUUUGGUUUAAAGAGUGCAAGGAUGGGUUUGAGCUAGUUUUGGAUUUUUGAAAAAAAAAUUGUGACAAUCAAUGCUGCCAGCUCUUCCCUGUAUGUGUGUGUGUGUGUGUGUGUGUGUGUUGCCAGCUCUCCCAUGUGUGUGUGUUUGUGUAUCUCUGUCUGUGUGUGUGUGCUAGUUAGCAUGCUGCCCGCUCUCCCCAGUGUGUAUCUGUGUGUGUAUGAGUGUAUCUCUCUGUGUGAUAGUUAACAUGCUGCCAGCUCUUGUGUGUGUGUGUGUGAUAGUAACAGGGCUGCCAGCUCUCCCCAGUGUAUGUGUGAUAGUUGCCAUGCUGCCAGCUCUCCCCAGCACACAGAGUUGGGGACUCUGCCCCCUGCAGAGGCUCUCACUGCUGCUCCAUGGGGUAGCGCUUCCAGUGUCUCCCCAAACCCCAACGUUCUAACUCAUUAAUUCUGAGUCCUGCCCCCCCAGCCUACAUCUGUACCCCCCCAGGCAAUAAUUAACUAUACAACCUCAGCCCCCUCAUCAGUGCUGAGCCCCCAUUGGCCCUUUCCCCAGCCCUGCAUCUGCUCCUCCUGCAGGGGGGGGUGUGUGUGCAGGGGGAGGCAGCCCCUUCCCUACCACAAGAUUCCUCCGGCUCCUAAGGGGAGGGGGGCAGAGCCCCGCCUGCCUCCUGCAGCAGUUCUCAGCACUGCGCCCCACCUCCUGCCCAUGCCUCUCAGGGCCCCGGGGCCGCUGCAGCCAGGGGAUGCUACCAGGAAUGGGGCCAGACUCAACGCAGUGGCACAGUAACACCGGCAGGCCCUGGGGAUCUGCUGAGUCUGAGGGUGGGGCCUGUAAAGCAGAAAGUCCCGCCCCAAUGGGCAAUGGGAGGAGCUCCAUGAGAGGAGCCUGGUGAGAGCCCUUCUCCUAGAGCCCCCUCUUGGGGCAUUGGUCACAGGAGGGGAUGAGCCAGCACUGCUGGGCGAUUAGCUAGAUACUGGCUGGGCGGGUUAGCUAGUUACUGUCUGUCUGUCUGGGGGUUGGGGGUUAGCUAGUUUCUGUCUGUCUGGGAGUGUUAGCUAGUUUCUGUCUUUCUGUCUGUUCGUUCUGGGGGGGCAGUUAGCUAGUUAAUGUCUAUCUGGGAGUGUUAGCUAGUUACUGUCUGUCUGUCUGGAGGUUGGGGGUUAGCUAGUUUCUGUCUGUCUGGGAGUGUUAGCUAGUUUCUGUCUUUCUGUCUGUCUGUCUGGGGGGGCAGUUAGCUAGUUAAUGUCUAUCUGGGAGUGUUAGCUAGUUACUGUCUGUCUGUCUGGGGGUUGGGGGUUAUCUAGUUUCUGUCUGUCUGUCUGUCUGGGGGUGGUGGUUAGCUAGUUAAUGUCUUUCUGGGAGUGUUAGCUAGUUUCUGUCUGUCUGGGUGGGUUAGCUAGUUUCUGUCUGUCUGGGCGUGUUAGCUAGUUACUGUCUGUCUGUCUGUCUGUCUGUCUGGGGGGGGUGGUUAGCUAGUGAAUGUCUUUCUGGGAGUGUUAGCUAGUUUCUGUCUGUCUGGGCGUGUUAGCUAGUUACUGUCUGUCUGUCUGUCUGGGGGGGGGGUGGUUAGCUAGUUAAUGUCUUUCUGGGAGUGUUAGCUAGUUUCUGUCUGUCUGUCUAGGGGGUUAGCUCGUUACUGUCUGUCUGUCUUGGGGUGGGGGGUUAGCUAGUUUCUGUCUGUCUGGGUGGGUUAGCUAGUUACUGUCUGGUGGGAGGGAGUUAGCUAGUUACUGUCUGUACAGGCUUUCUGGAUGUAAAGUACCAAAGGGGACCUGUAUCGUUGUAGUUUGGUUUCACUCUGGGUGUGCAUGUUCCUGUUUCCACACGUGCAGUUUUCUUCUGCCCCCAGCAGUGCUGUGCGUGGGGAGCCAGUGCAGGAGGCCGGCUUAUACCCUCCCAUGGACACUGUCCCAGAAGAGGCUCUGGGAGAAGGACUCUUCCUGAGGGAACUGUGGAUAAUGAGAGAUGGUUGGGUUACAAAGGAAAUAGCUGGCCCUCACGCCUGCCUACAGCUUUACUAGCUUCUCGGUUAUGUCCCCAAUGGACUAAAGAUGGAACGAACUAACAAUGGGCGUGUGUGCUGCAGAAAUAGGGCUUGACCCUGAUCCUCUUCCAUUGCCUUUGCUGAGGGAAAGGUGGCUGUUCUAACGGCGUUCAUGCUCCACUACAGCGACGGAUGGCUUUGGUUAGCAAGCGGACCAUGCGGAAAAGGGGCCGUUCUCCUACAUUCCCACCCAAGUGCCUCUCUGCUCCGCAUAUGGCACCUCAGGCUGGCACCAAAAUGCUGUUGCUUUUCUAACCUUCCCUUUCUCAAUAAAGUCAUACUGAAUUGCCAAGCUGCUCGGGUCUUGUCGUGUCACGUCACGUGUAGGAAUGAGGAUGGGCCGUGUGGGACCUGGAAGGAACAGGAGCACAGUGGCCAAGAGUAGAGUAAAAGCAAAAAAGCCUGAAGUUUGCUGUGCAGUGUCGUUUCAGACACUGGGCUGUAGUUGGCUUAAUGGAUCAGAGGCAAAAGAGUGCAAUUUCUUCAGUCUAAGGCACAUGCUCAUCCUGGAAAUGAUCGCUGGGAAAGGGAACCACGAAGUGCUCAUGAAGGAGUUUUUCUGUAAAAUGGUGUACAUUUGUAAUCUAGGCAAUGGCUGCUUGUAGCAAUAGUUAGCGCCAGGGUAGCAUGCACAGAGACCUUUCGGCGUCAGGCAGCUGGUGUUCGGGUGCCGUGGUUUCAAAUAUAAAUGACGACUGUGUUUGUUAAAUUUUAUGAAGCCACGAGGCGAGAGAGUCUCUUGUUUCAACAAGGAUGACCCGGAAAGGUGCGUAAAGAAAGAGUUAGCCUGGCCAGCCAACAUGCACGGUUAAGAGAGAGGAAAGAAGAGCUGGUGAUGCAAAAGAAAGGAAUAAAAGCAAGAGGAAGCAAGAAGAAGAAAAAAGUUAGAAAGAAAAGAAUGCAAAGAAAAAUGGAAGGUAAAAUACAGUCCUUUAAUAAUGGGGAUUAGCCAUGCAAAGCAUUAGAACUUCACUAGUUUGUAUGCACACCUAAGACCCCCUUACUUAUUUGUAAAUAUUAUUACUGUAGGAGACCCUAGUGGCCCCAGCCUGGGUCAAGGCCCCAUCGUGCCAGGGACUGUACAAACACACAGAAGAG